GCACGUGCUCGUGCGGGAGCGCGAUGCGCGCGAGAGUGGGAGGACGCUCGCGCUGACGGGGUUCGAGCACAGCUCACGGUCAGUGCAGUGAUGGUGUGAGUGUCCGAGAGCCACCGCCUGGACUCCUCUGACAGGGUAAGUGUGUUUCUCUCGUGAGCGCUUGAACCAUGCGUCGCGAGCGCAGGACACCGGAGCGCCUCGGCUUCUGUGUUGUAGUGUGUUUAGACGCGCGCGGCGGCCUGACUAGUUAAGUUAACCAGCGAUUCUUUUCUGGAGAGCACAUGAAAGUCCACCACCACCACCAUCAUCAUCCAUCAUCUGUGCUGCUGUUACAGUCGGACAUGCUGAAGCCGGGCGAGCCGAGCGGGUCUGCUUUCCUCAAAGUGGACCCGACCUACAUCCAGCACUGGCAGCAGCUCUUCCCGCAGAACAGCGCGCUGAAAGCCGCUUCUCUUCCGCCUCCGGUGCCGCAGAGACCCAGCCUGAUCUCCUCCAGCUCCUCCAGCUCCAGCGCGUCUCCCGCGGGUCACAUCGCGCUGCUCGGACACCCGCUGAGCUCCGACGCCGCCGGAGGAUCGUCUCAAGCCAAAGAACUUUGUUUGUCGUCCAACUUUAAGAAUGAUAAAGGCUCGCGACUGAAGCUGAGCUCCGAGGAGCUGGACUAUUAUCUGUACGGACAGCAGCGGAUGGAGAUCAUCCCGAUCAACAACCACAACGGAGAGCUCAACAACCGCUGUGACAUGUGUGCGGACAACCGUAACGGAGAGUGCCCCAUGCACGGACCCCUGCACUCGCUGCGGAGGCUGGUGGGGACCAGCAGCUCUUCGGUGACCGCUGCUCCUCCAGACGUCCCGGACUGGCUCAGGGAUCUUCCUCGUGAGGUGUGUCUGUGCACCAGCACCGUCCCGGGUCUGGGAUACGGCAUCUGUGCGUCCCAGCGUAUCCCACAGGGCACCUGGAUCGGGCCCUUCCAGGGCGUCCCGCUGCCGCUGGACAAGGUGCAGUCGGGAUCCGUGCGAAACACAAGACACUUAUGGGAGAUCUACGAUCAGGAGGGAACCUUACAGCACUUUCUUGACGGGAACGAGCCCAGUAAGUCGAGCUGGAUGAGGUACAUCCGCUGCGCCAGACACUGUGGAGAGCAGAACAUGAUGGUGGUGCAGUACAGGUCGUGUAUCUUCUACCGGGCGUGUGCAGAUAUUCCUCGAGGAACAGAGCUCCUGGUUUGGUACAAUGACAGCUACACGUCUUUCUUCGGGAUCCCGCUGCAGUGCGUCGCACAAGACGAAAACCUGAACGUGCCGUCUUCUGUCAUGGAGGCAAUGUCUCGUCAGGACUCGCUCCAGCCCUUCAGUAAGAGUCCCAAACCCUCGUCUUCCUCGCUGCUGCCGCGCUCCAUGGUCUUCCCUCAGACGCCCUGCUCUCGGAGCUUCUCUCUGCUGGACAAGAGUCACGUGGAGUCCAGCCUGAGUCAGAUGAGCGGGAAGAACCAGCGAGUGCUGGCCAGCCCCACGUCCACCAGCCAGCUGAGCUCCGACUUCAGCGACUGGCAUCUGUGGAAGUGUGGCCAGUGCUUCAAGACCUUCACGCAGAGGAUCCUGCUGCAGAUGCACGUGUGCACGCAGAACCCCGACAGGCCGUAUCAGUGCGGUCACUGCUCGCAGUCGUUCUCGCAGCCGUCCGAGCUCCGCAAUCACGUGGUCACACACUCCAGUGACCGGCCCUUCAAGUGCGGCUACUGCGGCCGAGCCUUCGCCGGAGCCACCACGCUCAACAACCACAUCCGCACACACACCGGGGAGAAGCCUUUCAAGUGUGAGCGGUGCGAGCGCAGCUUCACGCAGGCCACUCAGCUCAGCAGACACCAGCGGAUGCCCAACGAGUGCAAACCCAUCAGCGAGAGCAGCGAAUCAAUCGAGGUGGAUUAACUGAUUGACCGGCCGGAAUUAAACAGCCAGAGAAAAUCAUGAUUAAAUGUCACGGACACUUAAGCAAAACCAAAGAUUUCCUCGGAGAAACUCUCAAUCACACGCAGAAAACCAAAAGCAGUUAUAAAGUAAGUGAGAUGUUAAGAGACAUCGAU